UGCUAUUGAUCUUAUUUCAGAUGUUUUGCUUAGAAAAAAGCCUAGUUGGGAUAUCUGGUUUUUCUUUAAUAAAAUGUGUCCCUAUAAUAUUUCUAAACUGGAUUGGAAUUUGUUGUAUUUGAUAAUUUUGCAUGAAAUGAGAGGGUACGACCUUGUGUUACUGAGAACCUGGAGGGGCGUUCAGGCAAUCCAAGAUAGAACUUCACCCAUGAGCUAUUUUUCUGACUACCCAUACCCCGUUCAGAAAUCAGGAUCUACGUUGCACAGGGCUCGAACCAGAAGUUUAAAAUCAACUUCAUACAGUUUUCCUACCCAAGGUGUGAACAAGACCCCGGAAGUUCUAUCUGAACCAGGGGCUUACUAUUCUACCUUUCACAAAACACCUGAGAGAAAGAGGUUCUCAAAAGAAGAGUGGGAGCAGUUCACCAAGGAGAACACAAGAGAAGCUUCGAUGGAUCUCGUAUCGUCACCCGAUUUUAACAAGUGGGCUAUGGAUAAUGCUGAGAGGAUAACCUUGACACCUUCGAAUGCAAACAUUCGUCAGAGGAAGCAACGUCGUUUCCUAUGGUUUUACGCUUCAUGAUACGCUUGCGCAAAUUCAUUGAAGGAGCUUUUUUUUUUCCCAAAGCUGUCGGAUUAUCUAGUGCUCAUUGUAAACUUGUGUAACAUGUCCACUUAUUUCCUUGGUAAAGAUUGGCAAGAUUCAUUUUGAUGAAUGUUGAAAGCUUGGAAGAUGUUUUAAGUUACUUAGGUUAGGUCAGUGUGGAAUAUAUUAAUACCCGUCUAUUUACGUUGUAUGUAUUAAGUGAUU